AAAUAAUAAAUUUCAAAAUGGAUUGGAAAUUCGAUUAUGAAGAAUUAGUCAAUAAAGUGAAAUAUCAGUUACAUGCAAAAGGACUUGACUGCAUUACCGGCAUCUAUGGUCACUUUCAAAAGUAUGACGUUGAUGGAUCUGGCCAGCUUGAUAAGGUAGAAUUCGACCUUUUCAUGAGGAAAAUGGGAAUGUUCCUCACAACACAAGAGCUAACUGUCGUUUUCACAAAAUUUGACAUAAACGGGGAUGGACAAAUCCAUUAUCAAGAGUUCUUUGAGGUACUAAGGAGCUCAUUCAAUGAAAAGAGACAAUCCGUAGUAAAAUAUGUCUGGGAAUUACUAGACUCAGGGAAUGCAGGCACUCUUGACUUUGCUCACCUCACUUCUAAUUUCCAAGCUGCUAAUCAUCCAAGAGUCAAGCUAAGAGAAAAGACUGCUGAUCAAGUUCAAGAAGAAUUUGAAGUUGGCCUUGGAUACAGAUCCAACGAUGGUCCUGUUAGCAGAGAUGCCUUCUUCGACUAUUACGCAGAUGUGAGCGCCUGUCUCCCAGCAGAAAAAGAUGAAUACUUCAUUGACUCCGUCCUUGAGUCUUGGGGACUUUCUCAAGAAUCCUAUGUCACUCCUGAAAGAAUUGCCGAACUGGAAGAUAUUCUAUACGAAAAAGUUAGGCAAAGAACCCAUGGAGCGGAUGAUGAAGGAAAAACAGCUGGCAAAAUAUUCAGACAUUUCGAUAAAGAUGAGUCCCAUUCUGUUUCAUUUGAGGAGUUUUAUCAAGCAUUAGAAGCUUAUGGAUGAGUAUUCAAAGACUCUGAAAUUCAAGCAUUCUUCAACAAAAUCGAUAAGGAUGGAUCAGGCAAACUUGACUAUGGAGAGCUUACCAAGGUACUCGCUCUCAAAGGAAGCGGUAAUAACCCCAAUGUCAACCCAGUAUGGAAGCUGAAGGACCCAGAGCUUCAGACCCUAUAUGAGACUAAAUAGGCGAAUAAUUCAAUAAAUUCA